AAUGGCUGGUCAAUAUAAAGAUGAAGUAUGCUUGUGUGAAACAUUUCAUUAAACAUCAGUACUCCUAAAAAGCAGCACAGCAAAUACUACGACUUGCUAUAUUUUGAAAUAUUUUGAAAUUUUGUACAGGCACUUUUGUAUAUCAUGGGGACAAGAAUAAAAGUAAUGGGCACCUGCCCAUAUUGCCGUCGACACGUUUCCAGAGACCUGAGGCCCAUUAACAUGCUGUCCGCACGAGAUGCUAAAAAGAUUUCUCAACUGUUAAACGAACAACCUCCUCCAGUCCAGUUGGAUUCCGGCGAGGAAAUGGGGAAAGUGGAUGAUCAUGGGCGAAGAAAUGUGCGGGUCUCUAAAAGAAAAAAAGAAACCGAAGUGAAAUCGGAAUUGCAAUCAAACUUAGAGGGAUCUUGUUCACAGUCAAAAUUACAAAAUCCAAAAUGCAGCAUAGUUUGGGUCAAUGGAAAGAAUAAAGCAACAGAGAAUUUCGGUUCGGAGGAGAAAGAUACCAGAUGUGGAGAAUUGAGUGUAACAACUAAAAUUGAGUCUGAGUCCGGGGAGGAAACAGUAGAACUUUGUUCACAAAAGAGUUUGGAAGAUUGUAGUAUUCAGGAGAAGAUAAUGGAGAAUCCAAAGGAGAUUGCGCAGGACGGUAACUCUGCAAAUUCUCUAGACGCUAUCACUGAAAAUAUUGUUGGGUUAGUAGAGGAGGAAUUCAAUCGUGAUCCGGCAAGCUGUGUGUCAUCUGGGAUCUUAAAAGGAAAUGCCGAGGUUAUCAUGGCCAUGUUGACCGAGGAGCAGCAUAUUAUCGACCAGAUUGAGAAGCAGGCAUCGAAGACUAAGAUGCCGCCUGCUAAAAGCAGUAGGCGUUGAUUGCUGCAAAGGUUGAAGUAUUUUUGUUGUAAAUUAAACAGGCAGGUUGUUGGGCCUCCCACGUGUCAACCUUUUCAUCGAGUCGGCCACCCACCAUAAAUAAAUCGCCCUUCUUGCGCCUG